GAGCCAUCCACUCACAGACUUGGGAUGUUUUCCCGUCUUUAGCGUUUUUUUCGACACCACAAAAGUAUAUAAGAACCGAAACUUCUGUCUGAUUUCUCCACAGCGACCAGAGCUGCGCACAGUUUUAGAGAUUUAACUUUCCAAAAUACUGAAGCCAUGGCCGGAAAAGUUGUGCUGCACUACUUCAACGGGAGAGGGAAAAUGGAGUCAAUCCGCUGGCUUUUGACAGUUGCAGAAGUUGAAUUUGAUGAGGUCCAUUUGACAGCUCGUGAUCAGUAUGAAAAACUCCUAAGUGAUGGAGCUCUCAUGUUUCAACAAGUUCCCAUGGUGGAAAUUGAUGGCAUGAAGCUUAUUCAGACAAAGGCAAUCCUGAAUUACAUUGCAGAGAAGUACAACCUCCAUGGAAAAGACCUCAAAGACCGUGUCAUGAUCAACAUGUACUCGGAGGGACUGAUGGAUCUCAUGGAAAUGAUCAUGAUUUUGCCCUUCACCCCAGAUCCACAACCAAAACUGGACAACAUUCAGAGUAAAGCGAAAGAGCGUUACCUUCCAGUGUUUGAAAAGGUGCUGUCUGGGAACAUAUACCUGGUGGGAGGUAAACUCAGCUGUGCAGAUGUGCAGCUGCUUGAAUGCACCCUGAUGUUGGAGGAGAAAUUUCCUGGAAUCCUCGGCGACUUCCGCAACGUCAAGUCUUUCCAAGGCAGGAUGAUCCAGAUUCCCGCCAUCAACCGGUUCCUGCAACCAGGCAGCAAGAGGAGGCCGCAGCCAGAUGAAAACUACGUCAAGACCGUCAUGGAGGUGUUCCAAGUAAAAAAACCAUUGCCAUGAACUCUGAUUAGAUCUGGUACAUUCCUUGCAUUGGCAAUGUGAACGAUUCAUUAUUCAAGCAACCCCUUUACGGCAUGUAGAUCAAGUAUAUUAGCUGGUUAAUGUUGAGAUUAAUACUGCACUAUUCAGCUCAAAAGAAUAAAACCAUUUAGCGUGAAAGGAACCUAUGUAGUCUUUCAUAGCAUUUUAUGGGUGUUUUAAUGUGAAAGUCCUACUAAAUAAAGUGUUGAUUUUUGAGGAA